CCCAACAGCAGGAACACAGAACUUUGUCCCUUGUUCACUGGCUUACCAGAAGCGUCUGCUGCGUUUUUAAACCUAUUUAACUCGUAUUAAACUCAUUCUCAUUUUAGCGCAGCGGGAAAUGUAAAAGUGCAUUGAUUAGUAACGCAUGUUCAUUUCAGUCAACUACUGUCCAAUAUGAUUCUACGGCAGCUCUUCACGCGCACUGUGCAGUGGACGAUGCUGUUCACCUGCGUCCGCCUCGAGAUCUCAAAGGCCCAGACUGAUGUCAGCACCCCCGCAUCAGCGCCAACCACAAUGAACACGUUGGAAACUGUGACCAACUCCUCUACAGUAAUGAGCAGCAUCAUAACCCACACAACUAGCCAGGACACGUCCUCUUCAGAUCUGACCAACCCAAACUGGAGCACCCACAGCACCGUCAUGACCACCACCCCAAUCCCCACGACUACAGAGCCACGUCCCAUCAGGAAUUUGACUGCUGAGACUCUAAACACCACAGCAAUAGAGCUAAAGUGGGACCAACCAGAGGACUACCAGAGUACUUACCGUUACCAAGUCCAGAUCUCUGGAUGCACAUCUCCAAGCCGUGAUGCCUCAACAAGCGAGGAGAAGAUCAUCAUAUCCAGCCUGCCUCCAGGAACCAGCUGCACAUUCAGCAUCUAUGUUGAGGUUAUGAAUGGCACAAGGGGAGAGGAACUCAAUAUCUCCCGUUAUACCAGGCCAGAGACUGUGCAGCCAGUCAUCUCAGACAACACCAACAACUCCAUCACAGUGAAUUGGAGUCAUCCUAUUGGAAAUGUGGAGUCGUUUGAGGUUCUCCUGAACAGCAGCAGUAGCAGCACCAGGAGCCCUCCGCUGGAUUCAAGUAUCAACUUCUAUGAGUUUAAAAACUUGUCAUCUGGGAAGAUAUACACAGCCACUGUCACAACAAAGAGUGGGCCCUUUAGUGAAGAAUCUGAAGUCACUACCACUGCAACGUAUCCCAAUCCUCCAGGGGAUAUCACCAUGAAGAGUGCGACUACAAACUCCAUUUUUAUAGAGUGGACUCCAACCCUCUUGAUGGACAACUCAGAUGGUUUUAACUACACAGUGAACAUCAGUAAUUCAUCAGGGACUAGAGAUUAUAGUACCAAAGCCUUAUACCAGACCCUGACUAACCUUACAUCAGGAACAUCACAUAUCAUCUGUGUGAGAACAACUGGACCACUUGGCCUCCAGAGUGAAUCUGUUUGCAGUGGAAAUAUCAUCACAAGUAAGAACACAGAGACAGAGAGUCAUCCAACUGUUAUAAUGGUGCCACACAGCUCUGUUUAUGUUGUGGACAGUUACAAUAUUUUUGAUACAACAUUUUUUGUGCAACAGCCACAUCCCAUCAGGAAUUUGACUGCUGAGACUCUAAACACCACGAAAAUAGAGCUAAAGUGGGACCAACCAGAGGACUACCAGAGUACUUACCGUUACCAAGUCCAGAUCUCUGGAUGCACAUCUCCAAGCCGUGAUGCCUCAACAAGCGAGGAGAAGAUCAUCAUAUCCAGCCUGCCUCCAGGAACCAGCUGCACAUUCAGCAUCUAUGUUGAGGUUAUGAACGGCACAAGGGGAGAGGAACUCAAUAUCUCCCGUUAUACCAGGCCAGAGACUGUGCAGCCAGUCAUCUCAGACCACACCAACAACUCCAUCACAGUGAAUUGGAGUCGUCCUAUUGGAAAUGUGGAGUCGUUUGAGGUUCUCCUGAACAGCAGCAGUAACAGCAUCAGGAGCCUUCCGCUGGAUUCAAGUUUCAACUCCUAUGAGUUUAAAAACUUGUCAGCUGGGAAGAUAUACACAGCCACUGUCACAACAAAGAGUGGGCCCUUUAGUCAAGAAUCUGAAGUAAAUACAACUGCUACAUAUCCCAAUCCUCCAGGGGAUAUCACCAUGAAGAAUGCGACUACAAACUCCAUUUUUAUUGAGUGGACUCCAGCCCUCUUCAUGGAGAACUCAGAUGGUUUUAACUACACAGUGAACAUCAAGCCACAUCCCAUCAGGAAUUUGACUGCUGAGACUCUAAACACCACAGCAAUAGAGCUAAAGUGGGACCAACCAGAGGACUACCAGAGUACUUACCGUUACCAAGUCCAGAUCUCUGGAUGCACAUCUCCAAGCCGUGAUGCCUCAACAAGCGAGGAGAAGAUCAUCAUAUCCAGCCUGCCUCCAGGAACCAGCUGCACAUUCAGCAUCUAUGUUGAGGUUAUGAACGGCACAAGGGGAGAGGAACGCAAGACCUCCCAUUAUACCAGGCCAGAGACUGUGCAGCCAGUCAUCUCAGACCACACCAACAACUCCAUCACAGUGAAUUGGAGUCGUCCUAUUGGAAAUGUGGAGUCGUUUGAGGUUCUCCUGAACAGCAGCAGUAACAGCAUCAGGAGCCUUCCGCUGGAUUCAAGUUUCAACUCCUAUGAGUUUAAAAACUUGUCAGCUGGGAAGAUAUACACAGCCACUGUCACAACAAAGAGUGGGCCCUUUAGUCAAGAAUCUGAAGUAAAUACAACUGCUACAUGGGAUAUCACCAUGAAGAAUGCGACUACAAACUCCAUUUUUGUGAAGUGGACUCCAGCCCUCUUCAUGGACAACUCAGAUGGUUUUAACUACACAGUGAACAUCAAGCCACAUCCCAUCAGGAAUUUGACUGCUGAGACUCUAAACACCACAGCAAUAGAGCUAAAGUGGGACCAACCAGAGGACUACCAGAGUACUUACCGUUACCAAGUCCAGAUCUCUGGAUGCACAUCUCCAAGCCGUGAUGCCUCAACAAGCGAGGAGAAGAUCAUCAUAUCCAGCCUGCAUCCAGGAACCAGCUGCACAUUCAGCAUCUAUGUUGAGGUUAUGAAUGGCACAAGGGGAGAGGAACUCAAUAUCUCCCGUUAUACCAAGCCACAUCCCAUCAGGAAUUUGACUGCUGAGACUCUAAACACCACAGCAAUAGAGCUAAAGUGGGACCAACCAGAGGACUACCAGAGUACUUACCGUUACCAAGUCCAGAUCUCUGGAUGCACAUCUCCAAGCCGUGAUGCCUCAACAAGCGAGGAGAAGAUCAUCAUAUCCAGCCUGCCUCCAGGAACCAGCUGCACAUUCAGCAUCUAUGUUGAGUUGCCUAAUGCCUUAUGUUGCUCCUUCUUCAAUACAAUUCUGUCUGGAUAUUUCUGUCACCUAGGGCCAGAGACUGUGCAGCCAGUCAUCUCAGACCACACCAACAACUCCAUCACAGUGAAUUGGAGUCGUCCUAUUGGAAAUGUGGAGUCGUUUGAGGUUCUCCUGAACAGCAGCAGUAACAGCAUCAGGAGCCUUCCGCUGGAUUCAAGUUUCAACUCCUAUGAGUUUAAAAACUUGUCAGCUGGGAAGAUAUACACAGCCACUGUCACAACAAAGAGUGGGCCCUUUAGUCAAGAAUCUGAAGUAAAUACAACUGCUACAUAUCCCAAUCCUCCAGGGGAUAUCACCAUGAAGAAUGCGACUACAAACUCCAUUUUUGUGAAGUGGACUCCAGCCCUCUUCAUGGACAACUCAGAUGGUUUUAACUACACAGUGAACAUCAGUAAUUCAUCAGGGACUACAGAUUAUAGUACCAAAGCCUUAAACCAGACCCUGACUAACCUUAAAUCAGGAACACCACAUGUCAUCUGUGUGAGAACAACUGGACCACUUGGCCUCCAGAGUGAAUCUGUUUGCAGUGGAAAUAUCACUACAAAGCCACAUCCCAUCAGGAAUUUGACUGCUGAGACUCUAAACACCACAGCAAUAGAGCUAAAGUGGGACCAACCAGAGGACUACCAGAGUACUUACCGUUACCAAGUCCAGAUCUCUGGAUGCACAUCUCCAAGCCGUGAUGCCUCAACAAGCGAGGAGAAGAUCAUCAUAUCCAGCCUGCCUCCAGGAACCAGCUGCACAUUCAGCAUCUAUGUUGAGGUUAUGAAUGGCACAAGGGGAGAGGAACUCAAUAUCUCCCGUUAUACCAGGCCAGAGACUGUGCAGCCAGUCAUCUCAGACCACACCAACAACUCCAUCACAGUGAAUUGGAGUCGUCCUAUUGGAAAUGUGGAGUCGUUUGAGGUUCUCCUGAACAGCAGCAGUAACAGCAUCAGGAGCCUUCCGCUGGAUUCAAGUUUCAACUCCUAUGAGUUUAAAAACUUGUCAGCUGGGAAGAUAUACACAGCCACUGUCACAACAAAGAGUGGGCCCUUUAGUCAAGAAUCUGAAGUAAAUACAACUGCUACAUGUGAGUAUAAAUAUGUUUUAGUUUUAUUGGUGAAGAAGUUGUUUUUACAUAGUAGAUGGAGAUUUUAUUACGCUAAUGACUUUUUUUUCAGAUCCCAAUCUCCAGGGGACAUCACCAUGAAGAAUGCGACUACAAACUCCAUUUUUGUGAAGUGGACUCCAGCCCUCUUCAUGGACAACUCAGAUGGUUUUAACUACACAGUGAACAUCAGUAAUUCAUCAGGGACUACAGAUUAUAGUACCAAAGCCUUAAACCAGACCCUGACUAACCUUAAAUCAGGAACACCACAUGUCAUCUGUGUGAGAACAACUGGACCACUUGGCCUCCAGAGUGAAUCUGUUUGCAGUGGAAAUAUCACUACAAAGCCACAUCCCAUCAGGAAUUUGACUGCUGAGACUCUAAACACCACAGCAAUAGAGCUAAAGUGGGACCAACCAGAGGACUACCAGAGUACUUACCGUUACCAAGUCCAGAUCUCUGGAUACACAUCUCCAAGCCGUGAUGCCUCAACAACCGAGGAGAAGAUCAUCAUAUCCAGCCUGCCUCCAGGAACCAGCUGCACAUUCAGCAUCUAUGUUGAGGUUAUGAAUGGCACAAGGGGAGAGGAACUCAAAAUCUCUCAUUAUACCAAGCCAGAGACUGUGCAGCCAGUCAUCUCAGACCACACCAACAACUCCAUCACAGUGAAUUGGAGUCGUCCUAAUGGAAAUGUGGAGUCGUUUGAGGUUCUCCUGAACAGCAGCAGUAACAGCAUCAGGAGCCUUCCGCUGGAUUCAAGUUUCAACUCCUAUGAGUUUAAAAACUUGUCAGCUGGGAAGAUAUACACAGCCACUGUCACAACAAAGAGUGGGCCCUUUAGUGAAGAAUCUGAAGUCACUACCAAUGCAACGUAUCCUAACCCUCCAAGAGAUAUUUUUAUCAAGAAAAAGACUACAAAAUCCAUUUUUGUUGAGUGGGCCCCUGCCUUCUUCAUGGAUGACUCAGAUGGUUUUAACUACACCGUGAUCAUUAGUAGUUCAUCAGGGACUGCAGACUAUAGUACCAAAGCCUUAUACCAGACCCUGACAAACCUUAAAUCAGGAACACCACAUGUCAUCUGUUUGAGAACAACUGGACCACUUGGCCUCCAGAGUGAAUCUGUUUGCAGUGAACAUGUCACAACAAGACCUGAGAGUGUCAAAUCUUUAGAAGUUGAUAUUGUAAAAGAAACAUACAUGAGAUGGAAAUGGGCUCCUCCACCUGACUAUAAAGAUGGAUACUACUAUCGAGUGAACUUGACAAAUGAACUUGACAAUAUUAACCUCACCGAUGUUACAAAUGACUUGAAAUUGGAGUUCAAGCAGCUGAUACCAGGAGCCCGUUACAACAUCACUGUCACCACAUUUACUUCUGAUGGCACUGAUGGAUCACCGGUGAACAAUUCCGCAUGCACUGAUACUAGUGGACUCACAGAGGACCAACUUAAAUGUGUUGGUAAAAACCAUACACCUGUACUUGAAUUGGAGUGGAAAAACCCUAAAGGACACAACUCUGGAUUCAAAAUCAAAGCCAAGACCAAUGCUGAAGUCAAUGUCCAUCUUGGAGAAGAGAAAACUUGCAAUGAAACAUGUGUCUACCGCAUAGAGAGUGAUCUUACAUACAGCACAGAAUACAGUGUGACUAUUUGGACAGUUGGAUGUGGGAAAUCGGGCAUGAUUACCACGACUUGCAAAACAGGAGUCACAGUACCACCUGUUGUGUCUGACAAUGAAAAGGUAGAAAUUCGCCCACCUUCCCACAAUGAAGUUGAGCUGAUUCUUGAUCCCAUUUUCCUGAAUUCUUCAAAUGGACCUAUUCUGGAAUACGGUGUCCUGGUGUCGCAGAGUGAAAACCCCACUUUCAAGAAAGAUGAUUUAGUUAACUCUUAUGAUGAUUGGCAGAAACAUCAGGAUUUAAACUACCUUGCCGUUUUAAAGAAAAAUGAAAUUAAAAUGGACAAGAUCUCUAUAAUUGUGGGAAAAGACAGCCCUUUGCGGGAAGCAUACAGAAAUGGCCCUCUGACCCCUACUAAAACAUACAGUUUUGCAAUUGUCACCUGUACUGCCCUGCAGAUGAAAACAGAUAAACAUGUGGACAUUCAUGGCUCCAUUUGCUCCAUAUCCGGAUUUUACAAGACUGUAUAUCUUAAACAAGACCCACUGGUCAUCACCACGGCUGUUGGAGCCACCUGUGGGAUCUUGACCGUCUGUCUAUGCAUUGCUAUAGCUGUCUUCAUCUUCUUGAAGAGGAAAUCUUCUAGAAAACCUGCUUCUGACAUUCCAAUUAAUACCAUCAGAGCAAAAACUAGUGUGCCUGUGCGGGUUGAGGAGUUUGACGCAUACUACAAGAAGCAAUCUGCCAACACCAAAUGUGGCUUUGCAGAGGAGUUUGAGGAUCUGAAGCCAGUUGGUACGGCCCAGUCUACAGCCACUGCCAGUGCAUUGGAGAACAAAUCAAAGAACCGGUACAGCAAUGUACUGCCAUAUGAGCCAUCCAGGGUGAAGCUAUCCAUCCUUGGCAGCCAGUUUGAUGACUACGUCAAUGCAAACUACAUUCCAGGGGCAAACUCCAGGAAGGAGUUCAUCGCAAGCCAGGGUCCUCUUCCUGCCACAGUGAAUGACUUCUGGAGGAUGAUCUGGGAGAAGAACAUCAGGACUAUAGUGAUGCUGACCAGGUGCAACGAGCAGGGACGAGUGAAAUGUGAACAGUACUGGCCGGCUGAGAGUAAGCACUACAACAACAUCAUCGUCAAGACAACUUCUGAAAUCACUCUUGAUGACUGGGCCCUGAGAGACUUUGUGGUCAAAAAUGUGAAGACUGCAGAAACUCGUUCUGUGCGUCAGUUCCACUUCACAGCCUGGCCUGAUCACGGCGUCCCUGCAACCACUGAGCUCCUGAUUAACUUCCGCCACCUCGUGAGGGAGCACAUGGACCAGUACUCCCUUCACUCCCCCACCGUGGUGCACUGCAGUGCUGGAGUGGGUCGUACAGGAACCUUCAUCGCCAUUGAUCGCAUCAUCUUCCAGAUCGAGCGUGAAAGCAUAGCGGAUGUGUUUGGCAUCACCUAUGACAUGCGUAUGCACCGGCCGCUCAUGGUCCAGACAGAGGACCAGUAUGUGUUUCUUAACCAAUGUGCUUUGGACGUCAUAAAGUCAAGAAUGGGCACCAAUGUGGACCUGAUCUACCAAAACACAGGAGCAAUGGACAUUUACGAGAACCUUAAGCCUAAUUUACCAUAAUUUAAGACUGUAUAUGUAUGGUGAUUCAUACAUUUAACAGAACUGGAUGUCCAUUACACAACUUCAUUUAAUUGUUCAACAACACAGAAAUAUAUUUAUUCUUCUAAGGAUUUGUAAAUAUUUAUUAGUGAAAUGGAAGGAUAGUUUGAUAGAAGAAUACAUACAGAGGGAGAGAUAUAGAGAAAGAGAGGACGAAGUAAUUGUAUUAGGGCAGAAUAUCUUAAAUGUAUGUAGACAUUCAACAUAGACCAGGUAUGAAUUUUUAUUAAGAUAAGAUUGUAGAGCUUAGAGUUUUUGUGGGCUUUUGCGUUUGGUGGUUUGCGUUACUGUAUCCUGCCUUACUGUCUAUGCACUGAUUUACUAAUAACUGCCUAAAAUUGUUACUGUGAGAUGUAUAUUUUCCUUUAUGCUGAUACACUUCAUGCUUCUAAUGUACUUGCACUUAAUGACCACUGGGGGGGCAUGUCUGUUAAUAAUGAAUAGCUGUUUCACUGUAGGUACACUCCUGUUUCCUCUCAGAGGUGCAGCGGUAGAAGGUACAAUUGUGUCAUAAGUUUUAUGUCACAUGUUUUAUAUGUUUUUAAGCUGUUGCUCCAAUCACUCCCAAGCUAUGACUCCAAUUAAUGUACAAUACAUUUCAAUACAUUUUAUUAUUUGUUUUAAAAUAAAAUCAUUAGCAGACAUAUGACACAUCAUGAGAUGUAAACUUGAAACAGGUUUAAGAAAGCCAUGGAAGGAUUCAAGAGAUUCCUCUUUUAAGUGAAAUGGCAGGUGUUUUCACAACAUCACUUGUCGCAGAAUAAAUAGAACCUUCAGGAAGCUAUAGAGUCAUCUUUGCAUAGACUACCACUUCCAGGAAUAAGCAUGAGAAAAGAAUGAGAAAUCCUUUAAAGAAAUACAUUUUAGUGUUAAAAUAUCAUUAUUCAACAUAAGUAAAAAGAAGAUGUUUGUUCACUUCAAACUAAAAAUAGGCAUAUUCCUUUGAUUCCUUUUCAUUGUAUAGCACACAGUGUUUAUUUUUACGCAAAUGCAAAAGUGGUUUUUACUUUAAGUGAUUUUUUGUAUGUAACAGAGAUACUGCUGAAGAGUUAACAUUUUAGUUUUGCUUUUGGUAAAAAAAUGAUGGCUUUAUUGUAAAAUUCUGUUUUGUAUUCUUGUUUGAGCUUCCUUUGCACUGCAGACACUUUUACAAUAUUUUUUACUUUUUCAUGUACAUUUCCUACUUCUAUUACUGUAUUGACAGGAGAAAAAUAAAAUUCAGAAUUGAUAAGA